CUUUACCGAGCGCUCGAGCGCGACGCGAUCCGCCUCUUCCAAAUCGCACCUCUCGUCGCGCAAAACAUCGCCGGUUUUCCCCGGCGAAAUCGCGCGGGAAAAUGGAGGCCCACGGCGGCGCCGCCUCGGGUCUGAAGCGCGUCCUGGUACUCGCGUUCUGCGUUGCGGGAAUCUGGUCGGCCUACAUCACCCAGGGCGUCCUCCAGGAAACUCUAUCCACCAAGCGAUUUGGACCGGAUGGGAGGAGGUUCGAUCACCUCGCAUUCCUCAAUUUUGCGCAGAACGUGGUUUGCUUCGUGUGGUCUUUUAUAAUGAUAAAGCUGUGGUCGAAGAGCUCCGAAGGACGUGCUCCACUGUUCAAGUAUUGUGGCGUGAGCAUCACUAACACCAUCGGCCCAGCUAUGGGGAUCGAAGCUUUGAAGUACAUUAGCUACCCGGCACAGGUGCUGGCUAAAUCUUCAAAGAUGAUACCUGUAAUGUUGAUGGGGACUCUAUUGUAUGGUGUCAAAUACACAAUACCUGAAUAUAUUUGCUCCUUCCUCGUUGCUGGAGGGGUAUCUGCAUUUGCUCUUUCAAAGACCAGCUCAAAGACUAUAAGGAAGCUCGCUCACCCGAAUGCUCCUCUUGGUUAUGGGCUAUGCUUUCUCAACCUAGCAUUUGAUGGUUAUACAAAUUCCACACAGGAUUUAAUAAAAUCAAGGUACCCAAAGACUAAUCCCUGGGAUAUAAUGCUGGGAAUGAAUUUGUGGGGCACCGUAUACAAUGCUCUACUCAUGUUUGGCGGGCCAUUCUUUUUUGCGAACUGGCCCUAUGCAAACGGUUUCGAGGCAUUGAAAUUUUGCAGGGAGAAUCCAGAGGUAGCGUGGGACAUCUUCCUAUUUUGCCUCUGUGGGGCUGUUGGGCAAAACUUCAUCUUCCUAACAAUCAGCCGCUUUGGUUCCCUGACCAACACGACAAUUACCACCACUCGCAAAUUCAUGAGCAUCGUCGUGUCCUCCGUAAUAAGCAGCAAUCCCUUAUCCUUGAAGCAGUGGGGAAGUGUUAUUAUGGUCUUCACAGGACUUUCCCUCCAAAUCUUCCUCAAGUGGAAGAGAAAGAAAGCAUGAGGAAUAGGGCUCUACUUGGUUGGCCUUCUCUUCUUUUCUUUUUUGAUUGAUUUGAUGUAAACUCUUUUAUGUCCCUUCUUUUUUGUGGGCUAGCUUAAAAGGAAUUUUAGCCCCUUAUUUAGAACAAUGACUUACAUGGAAAAUCAUGGGAGUGUUUUCUCUCCAUUUAGAAAUAGAAAUUCUACAAUUUGCUCAACGGGUAA